AUCAUUUGUCUACCUGGACCUGUUCCUUAUGGCUCUGACAAGGCAAUUCCAUACAACUACAAUGCAACAAUGAUAAAGGAUGGACAAGAAGUUCCUUUACCAACUCUCUCAUCUGUCGAAAACAUCGCUGAUGUGAGUCGAGUAACAAGAAGUGGACGUGUGUAUACUCCACUACCUCCAAAGCAGCCUGUUGCUCCUGUAACUGGGCAAAAUCCUGUUAAUACACCAGUGGGGAAUCCUGUGGAAACUCCUGUCAGUAAUACAAACACUGAUAUUGGUCAACCCAGUGGAACCAAUGUCAAUCCAGAUUUUGAUGAAAUUUUGAAGCUUAUCAAAAGAAGUGAAUACAAGAUUGUGGAUCAGCUUAUGCAGACUCCUUCAAAAAUCUCAAUACUUUCAUUGCUGUUAAACUCAGAAGCCCACAGGGAAGCCCUGAUGAAGGUCCUAGAUCAAGCUUUUGUGGAUCAUGAUGUGACUGUUGAUCAUUUUGAUGGGAUAAUAGCUAACAUAACAGCUUGCAACAAUUUAAGCUUCUGUGAUGAAGAACUCCCCGAGGAGGGUAAAAAUCACAAUCUUGCUUUGCACAUUUCUAUGAACUGUCAGUCAGACUCUUUGUCCAAUGUAUUGGUAGACACCGGAUCUUCCUUGAAUGUGAUGCCAAAGACGACUCUUGCUCGCUUGUCUUACCAAGGAAUGCCUAUGAAGUUCAGUGGUGUAGUUGUCAAAGCAUUUGAUGGAUCGCGAAAAUCUGUUAUCGGCGAAGUCAACCUUCCCAUGACAAUUGGUCCACAUACAUUUCAAAUCACCUUCCAGGUCAUGGACAUUCAAGCUGCUUAUAGCUGUCUGUUGGGACGACCAUGGAUUCAUGAAGCAGGGGCAGUAACUUCUACGCUCCAUCAAAAGUUAAAAUUUGUAACAAAUGGAAAAUUGGUAACAAUAAGUGGAGAACAAGCCUUGAUGGUGAGUCAUUUAUCCAAUUUCUCUUUCAUCAGUGCUGAUGAUGUGGAAGGAACUCAGUUCCAAGGUCUCUCUUUAGAAGACGAAUCUUCCAAAAAGAAAGCAUCAAUCUCUUCUUACAAAGAAGCAGUAAAAGUAGUAAAAGAUGGAACUACCACUGGCUGGGGGCAAGUUGUGAUCCCUACCAAGAAUGAAACUAGAGCAGGACUCGGAUGUUCA